AUGGGGCCCCCCAUUCUUCUGGAGGCUUCUGGUCGAGCUAUGGGGGCAUUAUCGGUGCAGAAGCAGGCGUAUCGCAAGCUUGCCAAGAAGCUCCACCCCGAUGUGGCCCCAGGAAAGGAAAAGGAGUUUAUGGAGAUCGCCAAGGCUCACGAAGUGCUGAGUGACCCUGAGCAACGGAAGAAAUACGACACCUUCGGCGAAGAGGGUCUCGCGGGUUUUCCGGGGGCGGGGGCUGGCGACGCGGGUUUCCCCUUCAGCGAGUUUGU